AUGAGUAACGAUGUAACCAAGAAGAAGGGAAAGGCAGUCGGGGAGAAAAAGACUAAAAGAAAAGCCAAGCGGAGAGAGACUUAUGCAGUGUAUAUCUAUAAAGUUUUGAAGCAGGUCCAUCCUGACACUGGGAUCUCCAGCAGAGCAAUGAGCAUAAUGAAUUCCUUCGUCAACGACGUAUUUGAGCGCAUUGCAACUGAGGCAUCUCGUCUGACCCAGUACAACAAACGCUCAACCAUCACCAGCCGAGAGGUACAGACCGCAGUCCGACUCUUGCUACCUGGAGAGCUGGCCAAGCACGCCGUGUCAGAGGGCACCAAAGCUGUCACCAAAUACACUAGUUCCAAGUAG